GAUGCGGCCGAUUGGUCUCCCAUCGCAACCGGGCCACUUUGUUUGUUUGUUUAUUUGCUGCUGACAAUUGUAACUAACCGAACUUUACGCGACGAAUUUCCACACUUUCUACUAUGAAACACGCGCCAACGCAGGGUGCAGUUAAUUUUCCACCGUUCGUUAAGGCAUUUUCCAUCGAUAUCAGCCUAGUGUCGGUAGUGGCAAUGUGUAUAGAUUAUCGUUUUUCCCGCGUAUGCAAAUGAAGUGAUUGUUUCUCUUUUUUUGUUGUUUGCUGUUGGUUGCUGGAUGUUGUCAGGGGUGUUUCCCCGGUGGUUUGGGCUUUACGACUUCCCCCUUCCCGUCGGUUUCUUUCCAGCAAUUUAAAAUGUUUUCCCACACAAUGAACACGAACGGAACAUGUGCUCCCGACUGCCGAAACGUCACAACGUAGAGCCCGUUUUCCGUAUAGUAUCGCAGCUCUUUGCCGGCCAAUCCGACCUAUCAUCGUCUUCCGGUGCGACAGAUCCGAUGGGUGACUUUUACCACAUGCCAGCGGACACCAUCCACAAUCGGGAUGGCGGGUUCGUGCCUGGCAAAAAAUUCCACAAGCGUCGCGGGCAACGGACAGCACGAGCCCAUGGAGCCAUACUGACGCAUUCCGGGACGGUCGUGAACCGUAGCAAAAGCGUGGACGAUCUAACGGCUGCCGACAUUGCUUCGGCAUCCGAUUCCGACGAGGAUCAAAUUUCCAAGCCACACGCCGGGCAAAGCGCGGACAAGAUAAUCCACCUGAAGGAUCAACAGAUUGCGAAAUUAAUCAAAAAACUCACCGCAGUGUUUGAGUGCAACAAUCAGUUCGCGGUGGAGCAUGAAAAGCUGCAAAAGGAAUAUCAGCAAGCUGUUCAAAACCUUCGCACGCUCGAAACAAUACAGGCAAGGAGCUGCGAUCGUUGCGCAUCGUCCGACGCGGAACGGUCCCAGCUGGUGAAAGAAAAUUCCGACCUACGGAACGAUGUGAAAAUGAUGAAGAUUCUAGUGUACCGGCUGAAUGUACAGAUCGAGCGGUAUCAGGACACGAUACGGGACGGUAAGACCAGCAUACCGAAGCUUGAUUUCGUCGACAGUACGUACGGGGGGGCAAAGGACAAUCUGAACUGGGGACCGGUCAAUUCGCACACGAUCGGUCCGCUGCUAAACGCGUACGAGGAAGCGAUCGCGGAGAAAACGGAACUGGUGCAGCAGUACGAAUCGGAGCUGGCUAGCUUUACUGGCAAGCUGAAAAAAGUGCUGGAAGAGAACGAAGCGCUGCAAAAGCUGGCGGAUGAGGUGCGUGCGGGACAGACGGGAUGGGCAACGGAAAAGGCACGGCUGCAGGCCCAGGUGGACGUGUUGCGAAGCAAGGCGGAAGUGCAGGGAAAGCGUGCCGAUCUGGCCAAAGAGAAAUUGGUGGAGGUGUUAAAAUGUUACGAGCAGAAAGUACAAGCGCAAAAUUUGGAUAUUGAACGACUUCAGGAGGCAUACUCGCGAGCCAAGGGUGAGCUUACUUCACUACGGCAUCUUAACCAAAACCCAGAAGUGGUGGCGGAUAGCUUAAAGGAAUGUCAGAAGCUGCUAGAAGAACUACGCUUGCAGCACCACAACGAACGUUCACGAUCAGCAAAGGAAACGGAAACAAUCAAAGCCGACUUUCAGCAAAAGUCAGCCGAGCUGGAACAACUGCGACAAGAUUAUCAGCAACAGCAACAUAUCUUCGAGCGACAAAAGGAAAUCAAUGAAAUCCUCAUGGGAAAGAAUGCAACACUGAAGCAAACGCUCGAGCGCACCCGACAAUCGAAAGAAAUUCUAAAGCAACGGCUCAAAACCAUGAUCACCUGGGGUAAAGGAUCCGACCAGCGCAAAGAUCAACUGCAGGACGCUUGGCGAAACAUUCGCGCGCUUCAAGAGCAACUCCAGCAGCGCGAACUGCAGCUACAAACCCAGCAGCAGCGCUUCCAGCAGGAACAGGAACAACUGCACCGGCGGCUUCGCCAGCGGGAGGACACACUGCGUAAGAUAUUGGCCGACAAGGCACAGUUUACACACCACCGUCACAGCUGAGGGCACACACUAGUCAAAUUGAAUCGCUUUGUGGCUGAAAUAUAACAAAACAAUACAUAUCAUAUAGUUAAUUUGCAUACGUUCACUGACGAUAAAGAAGGAAAUCACUACCCUCGCUCGGU